AUGGAUCUCUCGUCAAGCCUUGGCAUGUCGUCGUCGUCACACCCCCUCUGGGAACUCGUCCGCUUCUUCCCUGCGGCGCAUACGGCGUCUGCGGGACCGCUCGAGCUAGGCAAUCCCACGACACCACCCUCCACCCAAAUGUGGGCCUGGGCAAGGAAGAGGAUACACGGUCUCGUAGGUCUGCUGUGCUUCGGGGAAGCAUGCUGGGUGCAUGCUUUGGGCACCUUGCAAUUGCUCUAG